AAAACUGUAUACUGUCGGCUUCCAGGGAUAGAACUGCUCGGUUGUGGCAUCCGGAAGGAAUUAAAGAUUUCGUAACUGUUGUUACUUACAAGGGACAUAAUAACUUUGUAUCGUGUGUAUGCUGGGUUCCUCCCUGCGAAGCUUUUCCGGAAGGUCUUGUGGUGACAGGAAGCAAUGACAAUACAAUACUAGGCUACAACCUGCAAGACGGAAUGAUACAGGUCACCUUAGAAGGUCAUGAGAAUGCAGUUUGCAGUGUCACACCAGCAAAAGAUUCUGGUAUUUUACUAAGUUCAAGCUGGGAUAGCACAGCUAAAAUAUGGAAUCUUAAUGCUACCCGUGUAGUUCCGAUAACCUUAAAAGGUCACCAAGCUGCAGUGUGGGCUGUUGUGGAGCUUGGAAAUAGUACUUAUGCAACUGCAUCAGCUGAUAAAACUAUUAAAUUAUGGAAAAAGUCUGGCGAUUUAAUUACAACUCUUACAGGUCACACAGAUUGUGUAAGAGGGUUAGUGUUAGCUAGUCCUGAAUCUUUCUUGAGUUGUUCCAAUGAUGCCACUAUCAGACUUUGGAGUAACAAAGGACAGUGCCUUAAUACAUACUAUGGUCAUUCAAACUAUAUUUAUAGCAUUAGUAUGAACCCAGCACUAACAAAUGGUUUUGCAACAUGCGGUGAAGAUGGCAGUGUGCGACUGUGGUCUGGCGGUGACUGUAUUUGUGAUAUACGUCUACCGGUACACUCAGUUUGGAGCGUCACAUGUUUGGACAAUGGCGAUAUAGUUACUGGUUCAAGUGAUGGAAUCGUGCGCGUAUUCACAGCAGAUUCAGCGCGGUACGCAAACGAGGCAACACUCAAAGCGUUUGAAGAUGAAGUGACGAAAAUGCAAGUGGCUUCACAGCAAGAGAUUGGUGGCUUUAAAGUUUCUGAAUUGCCCGGGCCUGAAGUGUUACUGGAGCCGGGCAAGUCCGACGGUCAAACGAAACUGGUCCGUAGAGGCGCCACCGUCAAGUGUUACUCGUGGAGCGCCGCCGAUAACACGUGGAACGAGAUAGGCGACGUGAUGGGCGCCACCCCGCCCGCUGACGGUACCACCAUGUACCAGGGGAAGGAAUACGAUUUCGUGUUCAGCGUGGACAUCAAAGAUGGCGCGCCUCCAAUAAAACUGCCGUAUAAUAAGACUGAAGACCCGUGGGUUGCAGCCCAGGCUUUCAUACACAAACACAAUUUACCUCAAGUCUACCUGGACCAAGUAGCUAACUUCAUCAUUACAAAUGCUAAGUUAGAUCAACUGCCUGCAUCAAGCAAUGGGUUCGCGGAUCCGUUCACCGGCGAGAGUAGGUACGUGCCGGGGUCGACGGCCGGACCCGCCGCCCCCGCGCCCGCGCGCGCCCCCGCCGCCGCCGCCGCGGAUCCGUUCACCGGAUCCGGCGCGUACACCACCGCCUCCGCCACCGCGCACGAGAAACCGCUCGUGCCUCAUGACGCCUACAUCAGAUUCGAUCAAGCAAAUUUAAAAGCCAUAUAUGACAAACUAAAAGAAUUCAAUAGUAAAAUAGGCGACGGUCUCAGUCCACUGACAGACGAACAGUUGGAAAAUGUUGUCAAACUAGGAGAAUUGAAUAGCACACACAACCCUGAAACAGUCACGCUAUUGAAGAAAAUGUUGGAAUGGCCAAAAGAAAUACUAUUUCCAGUGCUUGAUGUGACCAGACUAGCGGUUAGAAACAAGGAUAUAAAUGGACAGAUAUUUGACACCACAUAUGGUCCUAACUUCGUCAAGUUUCUCUUAACACUGCUAUCACCAGAAAAUCUACCAGCGAACCAGAUGCUAGCAAUGCGAGUAUUAGUAAAUGCAUUCAGUGAUCUUCCUGGCGAGAUGUUAGUACUAGCGGCUAGAGAGAGUGUACUACACUGCAUCAUAUGUUUACAUCAGCUCAAUAAUAAUGCACAAAUAGCGGCGGCAUCGUUGGUAUUGAAUCUGUCCGUGGCGUUAAGUCAACACAUUGACGCGGCGCACCUGGCGGACGCGGCGCUGCAUCUCGCCGCCACGCUCGCCGACCACGAGGCGUACUUCAGGGCACUAGUAGCAUUAGGCACGAUACUCGCCGAAUGUCCGAACAAACUUGUUAUUCAAACCAAGGUAGUUUCCAAUGCGCAAGUGCACAACAGAUUGAAGAGAGACAGCGUAACUAAUUCUACGGAAGCCAGCCUUAAGAAAAUAUCUAUAUGUUCUAAACAAAUACUCGGACUUUUAUGAACUGAUCCAGACUGAUAAUUAAAAGUAACUCAAUAAAAUACAAGAUAUGUAAUUUAUAUCUUUGAGCGACUGGAAAAAACAAACUAGAAAUAUGUUUGUAAAUGCUGAUUGAUGCUUGAUGCGUCCAGGAAAUAUCAAACAUUUUUUGCUAUUUUGUUUGUAAUAUAACGUGAAUCAGUUAUGUAAAUGAAAGUCCUAUUAUUUCUUUUGUAAUGGACGUAAAAAUAAGGUUGUCUAUGAUUUUCUUGCGACUCGAUGGUAAUGAGAGUAUAAAAUAAAAUUAUUUUUAACAGAAUAUUUUGUUUCUUACUGCUUUUGUUAUCUAUUAAGGCAUGCUUAAAAAUCUAUAUAAAAGUUUUGAUGCAUCUCUCAUUAUAAAACCCAGUUCAAAAGCCACAGUCGAUACAUUUAUAAAACAUAAUGGUGGACAAUAAAAUUAGACCAUCUAAUCUACUAAAUUCGUUGCCGUGUUUUAUAAUAUAUAAUCAUUUUUUUUAAGUUUUUAUUGUGUUUUAAAUUUUUGUAUUAAAUAUUACAUUUUUAAUGAAUCAACUAUUUGUUUAGCAAUACACAAGAAAACAUACAAUGAUAAAUAUUAGAACUGUAGGAAAAUUCUGGUGAUGUUAACGUAAUAAUUGAAUCUCAAUAGAAUUUCAGCUACUCGCAUUUUACUACUGUACUAUCCACCUAAAGUCCAAUAUUAUUACAGAUAUAUAAUAAUAUUGGGCUUCUGGUAGAUAGUACAACGGCGGCAAAAUUCAAGUUAUUGAGAUGCUCUUCUUACGUUAAUAUAACUAGAAUUGCCCUUCCGGUCUAAUUUCAUCAGUAGUAUAAGUAAGUAUGAUCUAUAGUACUGUAAUCUUGACUGAGGUGGCAACUAUAUACUGAAUGUUAAAAUGGGUACGGACUAACUUAAAAUGUAUACUUUCGAAAAUUUCAAUGAUUUUUGUCGAACUGAAUUUAAAGUUUAAUAUACUCAAUCUUUUUCCCAGUCAAAUUCGACUAAAGCUAAAAGAAACUCAUGAUUGUAAUAAAAAUAAUAAUUUAUUAUAUUAUGAACGUGUAAUUUACACAACUGAUAGCGAGUCGAUAGCUUUAUAAUAAACAAUGUUAUAAGUGGUUUCUUUUUAUAUUAUUUUAAUACAAACUCUAAUUACAAUAAUAAAGGAUUGUAAUAAUUAAUGUCUAACUUAUUUAUAACUUAUAUACAACCUACCACAUUUCCAGUACACAUCGAUUGACUUAAUAAACAGAUUCAUUAUACAAAAUUUAUGAUCUCAUAAGGUAACAUGAGUAGCAGAUUUUUCUUAUUACAUUAGUACCUGAAUAAAGCACAUUAAACGCAAUAAGGAAGUAUUUAAAAAAAACGAAAGCACUAAAAAGCACCUCUACUUGAUGGCGACUCUAGCAAAGUUGAUUUUUUGCAGGAAACGAAUGGACCAAAGACUUUUUGCAGGAAAAGAAAGGAACAAAGACAGUUAUUUCCGUUCCUUUUAAUUAACAUAUAAUAAACUGGAAUUUGGAAAGUUCGAAACUUUAAAAAACUGUUUAUAUAACUCGUACGAAUUACCAUGACACCUGAUGGUCUAUUCUAAUAGCCGCCAAUGAAAAUUCGGAAAAUUACGAAUUGUUUUUAUAAUUUUCUAAAAAUCACAACUGUGAAUAUUAUCUGUGCAUUAGAGGCAGCGUCAGGUCAUAUCUCCGUUGUAUCAUAAAGUAUAGAUAAAUGGGUUCCUUCGGAGUCUUACUAGCAUUUCGAUUUCGUAUAAAUAGAAUAUGCCUGCAAAUGGUUUAAUUUAACCUCCGCAACAAAGAUAAAAAAAAAAAUGGAAAACUCUCUCUUUAGAGAGUGGCGCCACUAUUAUAGUAACAAAAUUCAAUUGUUUGAAUCGACAAUGUUAUUUUAGUAUUAGCAGAGUUGAGUAUUCUUUUUU